GGGUGCGGGCCUGGCUCAGCAGCGGGAGCGGCAGAAAGGAGCGCCGCCGAGAUGAUGCCCACACCGGUUAUCCUGCUGAAGGAGGGCACUGACACCUCGCAGGGGAUUCCCCAGCUCGUCAGCAACAUCAAUGCCUGCCAGGUGAUCGCUGAGGCUGUACGCACCACCCUGGGACCUCGGGGCAUGGACAAACUCAUUGUGGAUGACCGGGGCAAAGCCACCAUCUCUAACGAUGGAGCCACCAUCCUGAAGCUCCUUGAUGUUGUCCAUCCGGCUGCGAAGACGUUGGUGGACAUUGCCAAAUCUCAGGAUGCAGAGGUUGGUGAUGGCACCACAUCCGUAACUCUGCUUGCUGCUGAGUUCCUGAAACAGGUGAAGCCCUACGUGGAGGAAGGCCUUCAUCCUCAGAUCAUCAUCCGUGCCUUCCGCACAGCCACACAACUGGCUGUAAACAAGAUCAAAGACAUUGCUGUUUCAGUGAAGAAGGAAGAUAAAGAUGAGCAGAGGAGCCUACUGGAGAAGUGUGCAGCCACAGCCCUGAGCUCUAAGCUGAUCUCCCAGAGCAAGGAGUUUUUUUCCAAGAUGGUCGUGGAUGCUGUUAUGAUGUUGGAUGAUUUGCUGCAGCUCAAAAUGAUUGGAAUAAAGAAGGUGCAAGGAGGUGCUCUGGAAGAUUCCCAGCUGGUGGCCGGAGUUGCCUUUAAGAAGACAUUCUCUUAUGCUGGGUUUGAAAUGCAGCCCAAGAAGUAUCAGUCUCCCAAGAUUGCCUUGCUGAAUGUGGAGCUGGAACUCAAAGCUGAGAAGGACAACGCUGAAGUCCGAGUAAACACAGUGGAGGACUACCAGGCCAUCGUGGAUGCUGAAUGGAACAUCCUGUAUGACAAACUAGACAAAAUCCAUAAGUCUGGAGCCAAAGUCGUCCUGUCCAAGCUGCCUAUUGGUGAUGUGGCCACCCAGUACUUUGCAGAUAGAGACAUGUUUUGUGCUGGCCGUGUCCCAGAGGAAGAUCUCAAGAGAACUAUGAUGGCCUGCGGCGGUUCCAUUCAGACUAGUGUGAAUGCCUUGUCAGAUGAUGUGCUGGGCAGGUGUGAACUCUUCGAGGAGAUUCAGAUUGGAGGAGAUAGGUAUAACUUCUUCACGGGCUGCCCAAAGGCAAAGACUUGCACAAUAAUCCUGCGUGGAGGUGCAGAGCAGUUCAUGGAAGAGACAGAACGGUCCCUCCACGAUGCCAUCAUGAUAGUCAGGAGAGCUAUCAAGAACGACUCUGUUGUCGCUGGUGGCGGUGCAAUAGAGAUGGAGCUCUCCAAAUACCUCCGUGACUAUUCCAGGACCAUUCCGGGCAAGCAGCAGCUGCUGAUAGGUGCUUAUGCUAAAGCCCUUGAGAUCAUUCCCCGCCAGCUCUGUGACAAUGCUGGCUUUGAUGCCACCAACAUACUGAACAAGCUGCGAGCCAAGCAUGCACAGGGAGGCAUGUGGUAUGGUGUUGAUGUGAACAACGAGGACAUCGCCGAUAACUUUGAGGCCUGUGUGUGGGAGCCGGCCAUUGUGCGCAUCAACGCGCUGACGGCCGCCUCCGAGGCUGCCUGUCUUAUUGUGUCAGUAGAUGAAACCAUCAAGAACCCUCGCUCCACAGUGGAUGCCCCACCUGGUGGCCGGGGCCGGGGUCGAGGCAGACCCCACAACCACUGAGACCCCGCUCCGUGGCACUGUCCUGACAGGUUGGCGCUCACCUCCAACGUGCACAUUGGGAAAGAGUUGAUUCCUGGUUUAAUUAAGAGCCCGUUAACAGAUGGUCAUUUUGAGGGCUUGCAGGCAACCACUGGCCUUGUUUAAUUAGAGUCAAAUCUUGGCGUUGGCAGCGGCAGCCUCCUGUGAGGUGUCGUGGCCCAGCCCUUCCUGCACAGCAUUGAUGCCCUUAGGCUCACCUCGUGCUGAGCAGAGCCCUCUCCAACGCUGGUGGGUGUGCCUGGGGUUGUUUGAUAUUUAUACGUCUUUCUGCUGGGGGUUUUGAACCCAGGUUCAAACACAAUAAAACAAUGGCAGAGUUUUGGUGGCCAA